AUGAACAGAUCUACAAUGAAAUUUCUAAUUGUACUAGUCGUUGUUGCCUCUGCUGUUUACGGCGAAAACGAUAAGAAAAUCUCCAAACGCGGCCUUCUUGGUUUAGGAAACACUGGAUUGCACGAACAUGGAUUGGAUUACGGUGGAUUAUCCGGCGGUCAUGGACAUGCAUUGAAUGGCGGAUUUUUAGGAGUUGGCUUAGGCGGAGGUUUAUCAGGCGUGGGUUUAGGUGGUGGAAGUUUAGUAGCCGCUGGAUUACUACCCUCUCAUGGUCAUCAAGUCAGCCACACCGUAUCUGUAAACCGAGUAGCAAUUCCAGUAGCACAUCCAGUUCCAGUACCAGUAGAAAGGACUGUUCAUGUCCCUGUUCAAGUACCUGUUGCCUACCCAGUUGACAAGCCCUAUGCUGUCCACGUCCCCAAACCGUACCCAGUCCAAGUUGUUAAGAAUGUGCCAGUCUCUGUGGACCAGCCUUACCCCGUACAAGUACCAGUCCCUGUCAAGGUUCCAAUUGUCCACAAAGUAGCCGUUCCAGUACCAGCUCCUUACCCUGUUCCAGUCCACAAGGCUGUCCCAGUUCCAGUUCACACCCCAGUUCUAGUCAAACAUCAUUUACAUCACGAUUAUUCAGAUCAUUUUGGUCACCAUUAUUAG